AUGAGGAAGAAGCCCUCGACGAAUAAGACAACUUCCCAGAAACGCUGCAAAGGCAAAGGUGUAACUACCCCGGUGGAGCGGAACAAGGCAGCAAAGGGAAACAACAACAGUUCUGUUGUAACCAGUGAGCGGGGUUCCAGUUCCACAGCAUACCACUCAAAUCCUGCUGAUCACCCUUUGUUUGGCGUGAGGCGAUACAUACACAAGAACCACAACUCAUCGGAUCCUGUGCUACAUGUCAAUGUCACUGACCAUUUAUCUUAUAAGAAUACUUUGACACACAUUAAGGGAUGCGGAAACAACACACUCUGUGGUUUAUGGUAUCGGCACGAAUUGCCUCCUCGAGUUAAGGAGAAAGUAGAUUCUGUGGGGUUUUCAAACUUUGCAAUUUUACUUGGAACAAAGGGAAGAAGAGACAAACACCUCCUGAUGGCAUUGGCGGAGCGGUGGUGGGACACAACACAUACAUUCCAUCUAGAUGAGGUCGGGGAGCUUACCAUGACCCCAAAGGACUUCAGUGCCAUCACGGGUUUACCCGUAUGUGGGAAGUCUUUAGAGUAUGACAUGGAGGCUCAUACCAAAAUUGAGGAGGUGGUGAGGCUUUUUGGGGACCCCAUUCGAAGCAUCCUUAAUGCCAAGAUGAAAUGCAGGGACAUUGUUAAUAAGUACAAGAGGUGGAAGCCUCAAACCCCUGAACAAGAAGACCAGUUAACACGUGUCUUCAUUCUUGCAGUGCUUGGCAGCAGUUUGUGCAAUGAUAAGAGUGAUUCUGUAUAUUUAUAUUACAUGCCAAGCCUGGCUAAAAUUGAGGAAAUUAAAGACUAUAAUAGGGGAGGGGCUGGGUUGGCAUGCUUGUAUCUGUCAAUGGAUGCUCUUUCUCGAGGGCUAGUGGCAAGCACAGGAGGUUAUUGGCAAGCAUGGGAGGUGAGUCAUUUUAUGUUGGUCGAUUUAAUGAUUAUUACAAUUGCUUGUGAUGUGGUAAUGUUGUUGUCAUAG